CUAGCAACGUUGAAUGUAUCGACUGUUUGGAGCUCAAAUUGCUGAGUCGAAGAGGAGAUGAGAUUUGACAGCGAUGGCGCUGGCGACGAUAAGAAGAGAGGGAAUUAGAAGCGCUAGAGAAGAAAGCACAUCGACGGCUGGUGGUGGAUUGAUUCCGACCAGAGACGAGAGAACUCCAAGCUGCUGCGAAAGAAAUCGCUUCCAGUUCCAGUCCGAUUGGGGGUCUUAUGGACGUUUAAUGGAGGAGAGAACUCAUAGAGUCUGCAUCUUCCCCAAAAAGAACCUGAACCGCCCUCUUUCGAGCCUCCCAUCUGCUCAACCUCCCUCAUGCUCCACCCUCCACUCUGCCGUUUUUUUCAUCGAUCGUCAUCGCUCUGCUUUCCUCUGCUCGCCUCUACAAGCCGGAGACGAAGGCGUCGAGUCGGAGAAGAAGACGAGUUCGUCAGUCGCCGCUCUACCUCCUCUGCUCUGCUCGCUGAACAAGCCAGAGAAGAUGUUGGGUCGGGGAGAUGAGAUUUGGUUUUAAUUAAUGAGUUGGACAUUAGAUUAUAACUAGCUUAUUACCCGGCCCGUUGGCCGGAUUACUUUAUGU